AACAGUAUGAUGUAAACGUUUUGCAGUUCACCAUUCUUCAGGAUUGCUCAAUGUCAACCCCUGACCUCGCGUUUUUUCUCCAACGGGGCUUCACGAAAAUUCUGGAAGUCUCAGCCCCGGAACGAGCAUAACAGUAGUGAUAUUAAUUAACAUGCAAUUCACAAUGUUAAAAUAUAUAUAUUAUAGAGUUUUAAUACAAUACGCAUUUUACUUAGCAGCACUUGGUAGAAUUGUGUAGUAAUGCUGGUGUAAAAUGAUGUAAAUCUAAGAAAUGUUAAGUCAUUCUGAUUUAGGGGCGGGCUGGUUGGGUUCCCGGAUAUAGAAGUCCAUGUGCGUCGCUGCAGCGGUGAAUUGCAGGCUGCUUGCGUUACAUCAGUCUCUCUCCUCCAACCGACCACUUCUACACCCAGAUCAUCCUCUCCCACCUUCUACAAGAUGCUGCGCUUGCCCAGUAUGAUGAAACAGAUGAGGCCAGUGUGCAGGGCACUGGCUCCACACCUUACUCGUGCCUACGCCAAGGAUGUAAAGUUCGGAGCAGAAGCCCGGGCGCUGAUGCUUCAGGGUGUGGAUCUGCUGGCAGAUGCAGUGGCUGUCACAAUGGGACCAAAGGGUCGGACAGUCAUUAUUGAGCAGAGCUGGGGCAGCCCAAAGGUCACCAAAGAUGGUGUUACAGUAGCCAAAAGCAUUGACCUGAAGGACAAGUACAAGAACAUUGGAGCAAAGCUGGUGCAGGAUGUGGCCAACAACACUAACGAGGAGGCGGGUGAUGGCACCACCACCGCCACCGUCCUGGCCCGUGCCAUCGCCAAGGAGGGCUUUGACAAAAUUAUCAAGGGUGCUAACCCGGUGGAGAUUCGCAGAGGAGUCAUGCUUGCUGUGGAAACCGUCAUCAACGAGCUUAAGAAACUGUCCAAGCCAGUCACCACACCUGAAGAAAUUGCCCAGGUGGCCACUCUUUCUGCCAACGGAGACAAUGAAGUUGGCACCAUCAUCUCAGAUGCUAUGAAGAAAGUGGGCCGUAAAGGAGUCAUCACAGUAAAGGAUGGCAAAACUCUUCAUGAUGAGCUGGAGAUUAUUGAAGGCAUGAAGUUUGACCGUGGCUACAUCUCGCCCUACUUUAUCAACACAACCAAAGGUCAAAAGUGUGAGUUCCAGGAUGCUUAUCUGCUUCUGAGUGAGAAGAAAAUUUCCAGCGUCCAGAGCAUUGUGCCAGCUCUGGAACUGGCCAACCAGCACCGUAAACCCCUGGUCAUCAUAGCUGAGGAUGUUGACGGAGAAGCCCUCAGCACUCUUGUCCUUAACAGGUUAAAGGUUGGCCUGCAGGUUGUAGCAGUAAAGGCUCCAGGCUUUGGAGACAACAGGAAAAACCAGCUGCUAGAUAUGGCAAUCGCUACAGGAGGCACAGUGUUUGGAGAUGAGGCUAUGGGACUAGCCAUCGAGGACAUCCAGGUUCACGAUUUUGGCCGUGUUGGUGAGGUGGUUGUAACCAAGGAUGACACCAUGUUGCUGAAGGGUCGUGGUGAUCCAGCUGCUGUCGAGAAGCGUGCUGCUGAGAUUGCAGAGCAGUUGGAGAACACCACCAGCGACUACGAGAAGGAGAAACUGAACGAGCGUCUUGCCAAGCUGUCGGACGGAGUGGCUGUGCUGAAGGUUGGCGGGACAAGCGAUGUGGAGGUGAACGAGAAGAAAGACAGAGUUACAGAUGCUCUUAACGCUACCAGAGCCGCUGUAGAGGAGGGCAUCGUUCUUGGAGGCGGCUGUGCUCUUCUCCGCUGCAUUCCUGCUUUGGAUACCAUCAAACCUGCCAACGAGGACCAGAAAGUUGGUAUUGACAUCAUCCGCAGAGCCCUGCGCAUCCCUGCCAUGACCAUUGCCAAGAACGCAGGAGUGGAAGGCUCUCUGGUGGUGGAGAAGAUCCUACAGAAUGCCCCAGAAAUUGGCUAUGAUGCACUGAACGAUGAAUACGUAAACAUGGUGGAAAGAGGCAUCAUCGACCCCACUAAGGUGGUGAGGACGGCGCUCCUGGACGCUGCUGGUGUCGCUUCCCUGCUUUCGACAGCCGAGGCUGUGGUCACUGAGCUGCCCAAAGAAGAGAAGGAGAUGCCAGGGGGCAUGGGUGGCAUGGGCGGUAUGGGUGGCAUGGGCGGUAUGGGAUUCUAAUCUCUCAAUAUCAAAAGUGCCCAACAGACUUUAAGGUGGGGAGGGGGAGGGAUACAGUUCACCCUCCUUCCCUGCCAAUGAAAGUGACUGCAGAAGAAAUGGGUGACCUUGAUCCUGAAUUUUCUUCUAACAACAACUUUGAUCUGGCCUUUCCACUCGGGACUGAAGACCCUGAAAUGUCUGCCGUGCUGAAGACAAGCAUCAUGUGACCAGACUGUGUCAGUGUUCUGUUCAUACUCAUCAUGCUCUGUAUUGAAGAUAUUCUUUUCUAUUUCUCAUUUAUUCAUUGAAUGAAAAAUACAAAAGCUGGAUCGGAUGGGCUUCAGUACUUCAGAACCAACAUUUAUCAAUAGUUUGAGAAACUUGAUACGUCAGUGAAUUCCUUCUUAUGUUUUGUCCAGUCUGCUUUUGUACAUUUUGUUUACACCACUUAUUUUAGUUGAAGAAAUUAAAAACAUCUCGCUGAAGACGAACGUGCUUUCUGGUGUUGUGUGAAUAAAGAAACGUGUGGUGAAACGAUGAUCUAACUAAAAGCUCUAAAAUUGGAUAUUAAAAAUCUUAUUGAGAAGCCAAAGCACAUGUCUGGGGUGGGGGCACAUGUCUCAGUUGAGGCUGAAAUUUAAGGGAAAAGGUCUAACGUAAAUUGAUUUGCAGGGGGUAAACCUGCUACAGCUUCUCUAAUAGUAAUAAACUAUUACUUGGUCUGCAAAAAAUAAUCUACUAAUUUUCCAGCUUACUGGCAGUUACUGCAACACUGAUUGUUUUGUGUUAGUCAUUGGUAAUUAUUGUGAUUUUUUUUUUAAUUAUUUAAUAAAGAUUAAUGUUCAUAAAACAA